GGGGUGCCCCCGGGGGGGCCCCUGGGGGCCCCCCGGGGGCCCCCAGGGGGGAUGAGUGGGCCCUGGAGGCCCCCUGCGGGCCAGGGUACACUUUGAGGGUCAGCCCGCACUCGGGGAAGCCGCAGACACACGUUUGUAUUGCGCUGCUGCAGCAGCAGCCGGAGCCGCUGCAGCAGCAGCAGCAGCAGCAGCAGCAGCAGCAGCAGCGGAAAGCUGUGCACUUGGUGGCCUGCAGCAGGGGCGAGUGGCUCACGCUGCAGCUGCUGAUGCAGCAGUCGCUGCCCGUUUUGUUCAACUGGCACAAAGAGGCGCUGCUGGCUGCAGCGGAGGACGAGGCCAAUCCAAACCCUAAUUAG